CCCUGGCUCGCUCCAUCCCUGUCCCGUGCUUCCCUUUUCGCGCCCCCACCGACCCGUCGCAGAUUCGACCCUCACCGCUUUCUCCCUCCCCCUCUGCCUUCCCGAGAGCGAGAGGCGAAUUCGAUUGGAGGAACAGGCCGCACGAAAAGCACCCUCCCGGCCUCGUGCUCCUCUUGUUUCUUCACAGCUGUCCUGCUCCUCUCCUCCUCGAGUAAGCGCUUAAUCAAUUGGUUCGUUGACAAGAGCAUUUUUAAGUACGGGAUUACACGGCCUCCUUGUUUCCUAACCACCUCGUGUUCUUGGCCUUUUUUUUUUUUGCGACGCGCUGAUAUAUAAAAAAUCCUCUUUUUACACUGCAACCCCGCUUAAUUAGCAGCAACUCCCUUGUUGGUGUCUGAGCCGCUUACUCAGCCUUGCUGUCCGUCCGUCUCACGCCCUCCUCUCUCGGCCUCCCUUGUCGUCGGCGUCGGGGGACGGCGCGCGGCGCCGGGCGCGGAUCGGCCGCGGGUGCAUGGUGGAGGCCGCCGCGGGGCGCCGGUCGGGUACCAGCCGUCGGCGGCCUAGCGGCAGCGGAGGGGAGCGCCAGCAGGAGCAGCAGCAGCGCCUGGUCGCCGUCGCGGUCGCCGCGCGCGUCGUCAUGGUCACGACUCGGUCCGCGGGGGCAGCGGUGGGAGGAGCGGGAGGAGGAGGAGGAGCAGGAUCAGGAGGCGGCGGCGCCGGCGGGCGGUGUAUGAAGGACUUCUUCGACUGCCUGCUCGGCGUGCUCGGCGCGCUCGGCGUCUCCUGGGCUGCCACGCGGCCACAGAGGCAGCCGCACCCGGCGCCGCCGAGCGGGGUGGCCGCCACGGCGUCCGUGGACACCCGGCGCUUCGCAGCAGAGCUGAGGGGCAUCCCCGGCCGGAUCGCUGGCAAUGGCGCCUGCGCCGUCGCGUCGCUCUACACGAUGCAGGGCAAGAAGGGCGUCAACCAGGAUGCUAUGAUCUUCUGGGAGAACUUCUGUUCGAGAGAUGAUACCAUCUUUUGUGGUGUUUUUGAUGGUCAUGGACCUUACGGCCAUUUGGUUGCUAAGAGAGUAAGAGAUCUACUGCCCGUAAAGUUAAGUGCAGAUUUGGGGACAGAUGAGGGUAGAGAGACAUCCACCAGCAACAUUAAAAGCAAUGCAGGUGAAGUAGGUUCACCGGAACACAUCGACAGAGGAGAUACUACCAUUUCCUCUGUAGCUGAGCAGAAUGGGGAGUAUCCAGAGAGCUUUCCAGCAUUGAGAACUUCGUUCUUGAAGACGUUCUAUGUAAUGGAUAGGGAUCUGAAGUUACAUAAAAAUAUCGAUUGCUUUUUCAGUGGAACUACAGCGGUGGCAGUGAUCAAGCAGGGGCUCAAUCUUAUAAUCGGCAACUUGGGGGAUUCAAGAGCUGUCUUGGGCACCAGAAAUGAAAAUAAUCAGCUUGUUGCUGUCCAAUUGACAGUUGAUCUUAAGCCUAAUAUUCCAAGUGAAGCACAGCGAAUAAGGCAACGCAAGGGUAGAAUAUUUGCACUUCCUGAGGAACCAGACGUCGCUCGUGUUUGGCUUCCAAAGUACAACUCACCUGGAUUGGCCAUGGCUAGGGCAUUUGGAGACUUCUGUCUGAAGGAUCAUGGUGUAAUUUCUAUGCCUGAUGUUUCCUAUCAUCACAUCACAGAAAAGGAUGAAUUUAUUGUGUUGGCUACCGAUGGGGUGUGGGACGUGCUGUCAAACGAAGAAGUUGUUAGUAUUGUUAGCCGAGCCACUUCUCGGACCUCCGCAGCACGUUUUCUAGUCGAAUCUGCUCACCGUGCCUGGCGAAGUCGGUUCCCUACUUCUAAAGUUGAUGACUGUGCCGUCGUCUGCCUUUUCCUGAAUACUGAUGAACCAAGUGAAUCAUCCAGUUCCAUGGCCAACAAUUUGGCAAAUACUGUAGAAGUUAGCAGUGAUGAGUGCCCCGCAACCAUCCAGCUGAGCACUGGAGCUUCUGCAGAUGUUGUUACUGCACUGGUAACAGAUCGAAACGAGCUGUCUGUUGUGGAUGGCGUCGCGAAGCCGGUCAUUCUUGCGGAUUCAGAGAAGGAUGGUUGAGGCGCAAAGCAAGCAUGAUCAAGUGAACUUGCAUGCUGCCUGUGAUUGGCAUCUGUUGGACCGAUGGAUGGCUGUUUUUACUGGCACGUCGGGAGUUGCUGCUUGCUAUUUUUCUGCACGCAAGUGUGACUAGGAUUUACAGUUUUGCAGUUUAGCGUCAUUUGUUGAGUUCUUUGUAAUAAUUUUGUUCCUGCUAUUGUCGGUCUAUCGUGGUCAUAGCAUCCUAUAGGAAGAAGCCUAUUGAGUUCUCAACUUUUUUUUGUAAAUAUUUAUUCGAUUACUUCAUGUUGGUCGUGAUCCUUUUCA